GAGGGAGGGUGAAACUGGGGAUCAUUAUAUUCACUAUUGAUCUCCCAAAAAGAUAAACAAAAUGAGGUUUAAUCUUUGCGCACAUUUCCUUCUCUUCUUUCUUUUUGCUCAAUCUUAUGCUUCUUCUUCUUCUUUCAUUGCAGACAAUGUCUUUCUAUCUCAGAGAAAUACUGGCCGUGCCCUUCUUCAAGCUAAAGCAACAUGUCCUGUAAAUUUUGAGGAAAAGAACUACACCAUCCUUACAAGCAAGUGCAAAGGACCAGACUACCCAGCUGAGACAUGUUGCGAUGCUCUUAAGGAGUUUUGUUGCCCUUUUGCUGAUAAAAUUAAUGACAUGAAAACUGAUUGCGCUGCAACCAUGUUCAGCUACAUAAAUCUCAAGGGAAAAUUCCCACCGGGUCUUUUCUCCAGCAAAUGUCGUGAAGGGAAAUACGGUCUCACCUGCACAACUCCGCCACCUCCUCCGAAAACAUCAGCAAGUCAUGCAGCAGCUACUCACUCCAAAUUUUUCAUGGUCACAUCUGCCUUCCUGGGGUUGUUUCUCUUGAUGCACUGAAUGAUGAAAGGUGAAAAACCACUACACAAACAAAUUCCUUUUCAUUUAUUGAUUUUUCUCUGCUCCUCAAAUAUGACUUCCUCAGGAACACAUUUUCAAAUCAUGUGUUCACCAAAUUGUACCAAUUGGAUAAUUCAUGCUACUGAAUAAUACCAUAUGACAAAUGUAUUUAUC